AUGUUUCGUAACAGAAAAAACUCCCAGAAGCCUGACGAUGAGCUCAUUCAGAAAUUCCAAAGAACCUUCUCAGAUGUCGUUCCCCAAGCCCCCCCUCCUCACCGCAAUGCCACGCGCUUCGGUCAGAUGCCCGUUGGACCUAUCACUCCAGCUAGGUUGAGUAUGAAUCACGAUCUGAAGCUUAAUGAUCCUACCCCUCGCGCCACAGAAGACAUGCGGUUCGCACCGCCCUAUGUUGACCCGAAUGCUGUUUCAUAUGUCAACGCGUUACAGCCUCCUGGCUACUACACCCCCAACUCGGGCGGACUGGGUGCAAUGUACCACAGCCAAGCGGGUGAUUUGCACACCCCGGGAAUGGGUCUGAGCAUGAUCACUCCACUGUCCCUCCCUCAGCAAAUUUCCGCAGCUACUAUCAAUGCCGGCACUGCAGCCAUGGGCCUUGAUCACUUCGACCAGCAAUAUAUCCCGCCGCACUUUCAAAACCCGCAACCGUUCGCUCAACAACCGGCGUUUGCGCCUAGCGCUUUUGUUCAGGGUGAUACAGGUUACGAUGCCAUGGACGACUCUGUCGAUGAAUUGUCUCUAAAUGAUAUGGAUAUGCAGGGUCACCCUUCCCAAUUCGUAACAUCGACGAUGCAAGAUGAUCAGGCAAGCAUCCAGAAUCCUGGUGAAACUUUCCGCUAUCAUGUCACUUUGCGCGCACCCACAGCGAUGAUCAAUCACCAAGCCGAAAUUCCUGUCACAUAUCUCAAUAAAGGCCAGGCAUACUCGGUGUCCGUGAUCGAUUCUACGCCGCCACCCAUGACUGUUCAACCUCUCAAAUAUCGCACCUACAUCCGUGUUUCAUUCCAGGAAGAAGAACAGCGGGCCAAGCCGGCUUCUUGUUGGCAACUCUGGAAAGAAGGUCGGGGAUCUAACGAGGCGCACCAACGAGGUGGUAAGCUCCAGGCAGUGGAGUAUGUUGAUCCCAUCCAGGGAGGCAUUGAAGACACCAAGAACCGGCAGAUUCAGCUUGAGAGCUCAUCGUUCGAUGGGUUCUGCGUCACUUGGACGCUUAACCCAUCAACUGGCGCAUCUGAGUGUUCGAUCCCUGUGCGAUUUAACUUCUUAUCGACAGACUUCAGCCAUUCCAAGGGUGUCAAGGGCAUCCCGGUUCGAUUGUGCGCGAAGACCGAGAUGGUCCUACCAGAUGAUGCGAGUCCAACCUCAGGCAAAGACUCAGAAGUGUGCUAUUGCAAGGUGAAGCUCUUCCGGGACCAUGGAGCUGAGCGGAAGCUGUCCAACGAUGUUGCCCAUGUCAAGAAGACCAUCGAGAAAUUGCGACAACAAAUUGCCCAGGCUGAGAUGGGCACCGGCAACUACGGCAAGCGCAAGCGCAGCGGGGGCUCGAUUGCGCUUAAGGGCACCGACCCGCGCCCAACCAAGAUCACCAAACACAAGCGGACAUGGUCCAUGGGCUCGCAGGACGGCCCUGGCAAGCUGUCUUUGGAAGACGACCUUCAUGCGAAGCUAGCACUGAUGCAAGACAUGUUCACGUCAACACGACCAGUGAGCAUCCUUGGAUUACGGGGUGAAGAGCAAGAUGACCCGGACUUGUUUCCUGUCUCGCUGCCUGGGUCCCGUGAAUUUAUCAAACAAGAGAACAACCGUGGGUCCCGUUUCAGUAUCGACGGGACCUCCCUGCACGCUGUUUCGCCCACUAGCAGUAGCAUCUCAAUAAACUCACCCUGUCACCCCACGAACGUCCAGUCAAAUUUGUUCUAUGACUCGGCGUACCAUGGAUCAAUGUCCACUUCCCGGGAUAACUCACGGUCGUGCUCGGAAGUCCUGGGCGACAAGGGCGCACUCAAACAUCCCGUCAAAGUGCAGAAAGUUGCUUCAACUGAUGGCAAUGCGCCAAUGGGAUACAUUGAGGCGGUGGACAUUGACCCGACAUACAGACCACCGGUGGACCGACCAGUCAAGCCUAUCGCUUGUUUCUAUGUACGGUUUCCGCGGAAUGACCAGCGGUCGGAUGACUAUUACCGGGCCGUCUAUCUGACUGAACGGACAGUCCGUGAUCUGAUGGAGAAGAUCUCCGUGAAACAGCGCAUCGAUCCCCAACGCAUUGUACGGGUCCUCCACGUCAAGCAGAACGGCCUCAAGAUCAUGGUCGACGACGAUGUGGUUCGUGAGCUUCCUGACGGCCAAGACAUGGUUGUGGAGAUUUCCGAGGCAUCAUCAUUCGAAAACGCGGCCGCGACGUCAGCUGUCGAGGUCAAAUUGAGCUAUUAA